UGUGCAAAACGUAAUAAAUCAUAAAAUAAAUCACGAAAUAAAAUUAGAAGAGGAAGAGAGUUGAUGAGUAUAAGUCCUUUUGCUGUGAUUAAAUAUGGAUACAAUAAUUGAGAAACAGAAUCUUUUGAUUUAAUAAAAGAUGCGUUUUUGGCAACUAUGGCACGAUCUAUAUUUGAAACAAUUCUUAAGAUUUGAAAUUUUAUUUAUGAUUUAAGUAGAUGGGAUAUUAUAUGAUCUGAUGUUACAUAUUAUGUUUGUGUCUUUUGGGGCAAAUAAGAAUUUAAUGUUUGAUCGAAAAGAUGUGUGGAGUCUACCUUGAUUCUGAUUGUGAAUAUUGAAGAGAAUAUUUCUCGAGCAAUGAGUUCACACUCUCAUGCAAGGACGAUGUGCACAGAAAAUGCAGUCUCUGGUGCAUUCUCCGCGUUGCAUCUCUUACGAAGUUACAGUCUCUUCGCCCCAAAUUCAGAUCUAUGUAGAUACGAAGCGUAUCCGUCUCGGGAUUAUUUCGUCGAGCCGGAUAUUUUGUCGAAUUCCAUGGCAGCGGACUCUUCAUCCUCGCCGUUAACAUCCUCUUCUUUGUCAACAACAUUCUCACUUCCUGGAACUCUGCUUCAACCGCCUUUUCUAGCUGCGGUGCCACCCUUGAUGCAAUCUCUGAGUGUUCCUCAACCAUUCUCGACUUCCUCUUCGGGUACCGUGAACCGUCACUUCAUUACUACAAACGGCAUAAACACGCUUCACAGAAGACCUAGAAGCGAAAAGAAACCGAUCCCGGACGAUCAAAAAGACGAGAAAUAUUACGAGAGACGUAAACGGAAUAAUCAAGCUGCGAAGAAGUCGCGAGAUGCCCGCAAGAUCAGAGAGGAUCAUAUAGCUCUAAGGGCGACGAUGCUAGAGCACGAGAACGCGAUUCUCAAGGCGCAGAUAGUGACCCUUCGGGAGGAAGCGCAAUCCUUGCGGCAUAUGUUGAUCAAGCAACACGCCCCGGCGAUACAAUCCAUCGAACGAUCGCUUUCCUCGAUGACACCCGUGACGCUCUCUCCUUCGCACACCACUGCGAGCUUAGACUGUUAAUGCCGCAAGCUUUUUCUCAAACAGAUGCGUGUAGAGAUGUUUACAUUCUUCGGAACGAUGAUUAAAAUCCAUGUAAUUUCGUUACCUAUAAACACGCGAAAAUGUUAAUUCGUGACAAUAGAUUUAUCGAAAUUACGUACAAUACAUAUUCGAUUUGGAAAAUAUAUUAAUAAUAAGUUAUUAAAUGUUUUCUACGUUAUGCAAAGAAAUAAAUAAGAACCAAUUAGCGAUGUUGAAGAAAAACAUUAUGAUCUAAUUAAGGGCCACUUGGGGAGAUUAAUUUCUGAUUAACUUAAUCGGCCAUCUUAAUUUCGUAUCGGCUAAAGCUUUGUAGAAUUGUCUGUAAUAGAAUUUCUAUAUUAUUCAUUGUUACCCAUCUAAUCUUUCUUUCCAAAUAUGUAUCAAGCAACAAAAAUAUUAAUCAUUUUUUAUGUUAACAAAAAUUAAUGAAACGCAAGAUAUAUAUGUAUAUGUAUCCUUCAACAGGUUAAACGCCGAUUAAAUUGAUCGUAAAGUUGCUUUUCAAGUGGCUUUUAAGAUACCUUGCGGAGAUGCGGAGAUUAUUUCUUGUUAGAAUUACUAUUAUAAGUGUAAUUAUUGUUGCUUGAAUGCUAAUAAAAAAAGGUCUAAUUCAAGAUA